AUGUUGGUAUCGUAUGCCUUUAUAAGGAAUUUCCUACGGGUUUCAUCAUCUUCAGUGAGAAGUUCUCCUGAGUCUUUCGACGCUGCUUUUAAAUGGCUGCUAGAAACUGCGUCUUCGAGUUCUCCCUCUGAUAAAGAUGUACGAAUAUUUGAGCAGGAACGGCCGUGGGCAAUGGCAACACCUGUUGUCGUUCAUGGAGAGCCUGAAAGACUAGACAGACGAGCAAACUGUGUGAUUCGUUGGGUGGAGCAUCCUGAGAGAAACUUGAAUAUUGAACUAGAUCCUCGCGAUAAUUCUUACACCGUUCAAGUUAAGGCAGUCUACUAUGCAGUUAUCAAUGCUAUGUUUCAUCGAGCAUCUCAUGUAUUGAUUUAUUCACCUAACGAUGUUGUUGUGAAAGUUGGAAACGGUACAUUCAAGGCCAAAAAGGAAAUUGAAAUGUUCGAUGCGAUACGAAGAAGAGCUGCGAAAUCAGGGAUAAAUGGUGAUACUUGCGUGAGACUUCGCCUAUUGAAUAAUGAGAUUUUGCAAAGUAUACAAAAGAAGGUAGAGGACGAUACAAAUCGGAAAAGUGUCCCUGCAUGGUUCACUGAGAAAAACUUCAGAAAACGAUAUUUCAAUGAGAUAGCUCGGAUUUGA